GUGGUUGGGAAGGCCACAUCUGUGGAUGACCAAGUCCUACCUGGAGAAAAGAAAGUUUUGAAAGAGAAGACCAAAGAAAAGCAGGAUGCAGAGAUGAAAGGUCAGGUGAAGAAGGCAGAACCGGAGAUGAAAGCAGAGACAAAGAAGGUUCAGGACGAAGGUCAUGGUGACGAGAAAAAUCAGCAAGCAAAGGAACAAAGAAAGCAUGUUCAGGGUGAAUGCCCGGAAGACAAAAAUGAGAAAGAACCGGAGGUGGUGGCAAAGGAGGACGAGAAAAAGGUUGAGGCUGAAGAGAAGGUCUUGGAGAAAGGCCAAGAAGUAAAGAAAGAACCGGAGGUAGAGGCAAAGGAGGAGAAAAAGGAAGAUGCUGCAGAGAAGGUCUUGGAGAUGCCGGAUUUGCUAAAUGGAAAGCCUCAGCUUGUUCGUCGCCGCGAACAGUUUGGCAACAUGAACGAAGAGCCUAGCAGCACAGGAGAGAAGAAGGAGCCAAAGACCAGAGGAAAGAAGGCCAAGAAGACAGACGAGAAGGAUGAGCCAAAGGAAGAGGAGAAGGACGAGAAGGAAGAUCAGGAGCCAAAGACCAGAGGAAAGAGGGCCAAGAAGACAGACAAGAAGGAUGAACCAAAGGAAGAGGAGGCUGAGAAAGAUGAGGCCGAGAAAGAUGAGGAGGAAGCCAAGGAAGACAAGAAGCCAAAGACCAGAGGAAAGAGGGCCAAGAAGACAGACAACAAGGAUGAGCCAAAGGACGAGGAGAAGGGCGAGAAGAAUGAGGAUGAAGAGAAGGAAGAUGAGAAGCCAAAGACCAGAGGAAAGAAGGCCAAGAAGACAGACAAGAAGGAUGAGCCAAAGGAAGAGGAGAAGGUCGAGAAGAAUGAGGAUGAAGGGAAGGAAGAUGAGAAGCCAAAGACCAGAGGAAAGAGGGCCAAGAAGACAGACAACAAGGAUGAGCCAAAGGAAGAGGAGAAGGGCGAGGAGGAAGAUCAGGAGCCAAAGGCCAGAGGAAAGAGGGCCAAGAAGACAGACAAGAAGGAUGAGCCACAGGAAGAGGAGAAGGGCGAGAAGAAUGAGGAUGAAUCGAAGGAAUAUGAGAAGCCAAAGACCAGAGGAAAGAGGGCCAAGAAGACAGACAAGAAGGAUGAGCCAAAGGAAGAGGAGAAGGGCGAGGAGGCAGAUCAGGAGCCAAAGACCAGAGGAAAGAGGGCCAAGAAGACAGACAAGAAGGAUGAGCCAAAGGAAGAGGAGAAGGGCGAGAAGAAUGAGGAUGAAGGGAAGGAGAAUGAGAAGCCAAAGACCGGAGGAAAGAGGGCCAAGAAGAAAGACAACAAGGAUGAGCCAAAGGAAGAGGAGAAGGGCGAGAAGAACGAGGAGGAAGAGACGGAGGGAAAGACAGGAGAGUUGACGCCAAGCCCAAAGGAGGUGAAGAAUGGAGAGAAGGAGGAGCCGCAGACAGACAAGGAGGUUGAGAAAGAUGAGAAGAAGGCCGACAAGAAAGUUGGAGAAGGGAAGACCAAGGAGGACUCGAAGAAAGUGCCGCCAAAGUCUUUUGCUAGGCGCUAUCAGCCCUCGACCGAGCCUGGAAAGGCCCGAUGGGCUGCCAUCAAAGCGGUUUUCGAACAGGAGAUCAAGCCACAUGUGAGCCACCAUUCCAAAGUCCAGGUUCACUUCUGGAAUGCCUGCAUGGCUUCCCCAAUCCUGAUGAGCAGCGACGGCUUUGACGCCUUCGUCGAAGCUGCGAAGCGUGUGGCAGCCACUCUCUCCUUGGACUGA